CAUUAUUUAGUCUUUGUUGGGUUAGCUUUGAGUUUGGAAGAAAGUCAUGGGGGAGGAAUACGAAGACGUGAAUUUGAUUGUGUUGGGAGUAGUCUCAUGGGGCACACUUUUUGUUUCAAUCAGAAAAAUCUUCUCCAAACGCUCCUUUGGGUACUGCAGCCGCAUCGUUUCUACAAUUCAUGCUAUUUUGGCUGUAAUUUUAGCCUCGCUCUCCGUUGAAGAUUGGAGCUGCCCCGUUUGUCCUUUGGCUUCCACCUCUUCUCCUAAGCAGAGGCAAGCUUUGGGUGUUACGGUGGCUUAUUUUAUAUAUGACCUGAUAUGCUGCCUCUUUGACGAGCGCUACAGUUUUGACAACGCAGUUCAUCACUUGGUCGGCAUCGUCGGUCUUGGUGCUGGCCUUGCCUUUCGAAAGUGUGGAGCAGAACAAGUUGCAGCAUUAUUCAUAACGGAGAUCUCAAGUCCUUUCCUCCACGCCAGGGAGCUGCUUAAAGAACUUGGUUACAAGGACACCCACCUCAAUCUAGCAGCAGAUAUCAUAUUCGCCGUAAUAUUUUCGGUAGCAAGGAUGGUGGGUGGACCCUAUCUCCUUUUUCUUACUCUAUCAGCAGCCAGUAAUCCUAUACUUAUCAAGGCAACGGCCGUAGGACUGCAGUUAGUGAGUACUUUCUGGUUCUACAAGAUUGUAAGGAUGGUGAAAUACAAGCUUACUAAGUCAACGAAGAAAGUGAGCCCUGCUACUACUUCCCUGCAAACUGCAAAAUGGACUAAUACUUUACUAGGAUUCAUUAUCGUGCACUUUUCAUGGUGUUUUAAUCGUUCUGCAUAAAUAUGCAGG